AUGUGGAUGUUUUCUUGGAUUUGGGUCAUUUUAAUUAUUUUGGCUAUUGCUGGUGUGGACACAAGAGCAAAGACCACACCAUACAUCAAAUUUACGAAAAAAUAUGAAGGACAAGAGAUACCCAAGGGUCUAAAGCCAUCCAGUGGUUCACCUCAGGAGGAAGAAGAAAACCCCUUGAUGGAAAUGCCUGCAGUGGCGGCACCAACCACUGACCCCUCAGCCCUGGAGUCUGCCUUCACCACUGCCACUCUCUUUUCCUUUGAAAACCUCACUCUUGACACAGCUGAUUUCUUGUUGAAUUGUUGUCGUUGUUGCUCACCUAUUGUGGGGCAGAAAGGAGAACCUGGAAAGACUGGAAAACCAGGUCUUAAAGGAGAGACUGGUAAUAUGGGGAUCCCAGGAUCACAAGGAGUCAUUGGACCCCAAGGCUCAAAAGGCCAGAAAGGAGAGAAAGGAGUAAAAGGAGAGCGUGGGGACCAAGGGACAAGCGGAGUUCCAGGAUAUCCAGGAAAACCUGGAGAACCAGGUGGACUUGGUCCUAAGGGGGAUAAAGGAAACAUUGGCUUGGCAGGAGUUAAAGGACAAAAAGGCUCAAAGGGAGACCCAUGUGAAAAUGGCACCAAAGGAGAUAAAGGAGACACCGGGGCUGUGGGCUCUCCAGGAUUGAACGGAGGGCCUGGAGCCAAAGGAGAGAAGGGGGAGGUGGGACAGAAAGGCUACUGCGGAGAUUCUGGAGAGAGGGGAGGAAAAGGGCAAAAAGGGGAGGAGGGGGUAAAAGGAGAAAAAGGUAGCAAAGGAGACACUGGGACAGAAGGCAAAAGGGGCCCCGAUGGUCUGCCUGGCGCUAAAGGUGAUCCAGGGGUUAAAGGAGAAAAAGGGGAGUUAGGUCCUCCUGGUCUUUUGGGACCUGCUGGGCCAAAGGGUGAGCUUGGGAACAAAGGGGUCCGAGGACCUAUUGGGAAGAAGGGCUCACGGGGCUUCAAGGGCUCCAAGGGCGAGGUCGCCAAACUCCUGCAGUCCGCUUUCAGCGCUGCUUUAUCAAAGCCAUUCCCUCCUCCCAACAUCCCCAUCAAAUUUGACAAGAUUUUAUAUAAUGACCAAGGGGAUUACAACCCUGCCACUGGGAAAUUUAACUGCAGCAUCCCUGGGACAUACGUCUUUUCUUACCAUGUUACUGUGAAGGGUCGACCUGCUCGGAUCAGCCUGGUGGCCCAGAAUAAGAAGCAGUUCAAGUCCAGAGACACUCUCUACGGUCAGGAAAUAGACCAGGCCUCUCUCCUCAUCAUCCUGAAAUUAAGUGCAGGAGAUCAAGUGUGGCUGGAAUUGUCAAAAGAUUGGAAUGGGGUUUAUUCCAGUGCUGAGGAUGACAGCAUUUUUACUGGGUUCCUUUUGUACCCAGAGAAAACUCCUGGAAUUUCACCAUAA